AUGUGGAAACCAAUAAUUUUGGACGUCGAGUGCAUCGUUUGCAACAAAUCGUUGCAAAAGAUAAAUCACGACCCUCGCGAAGCAAAACGGAACAUGGGAAAAAUAGCCAAUCGCAGAUCGCGCACACCAAAUUGGUCGCUAGACGAGAAAAAGUUUUUGCUAGAGUUAAUUAAAGAGCGCAAAGAAGUAGUAGUGACUAAGAAUAACAAUGGACCGAAUUAUUCCGAAGAGAAAGAUGUGGCAUGGAAUGAAAUUUUGUGUGAGUUAACUAAGCGGUUCGGCAAUAAAUUUUCUGGCAGUUCGAUCAAGAAAGUAAAGACCCAGUGGCAAAAUAUGAAACGGAUUGCUAGAGAGGAGAUAACAUUAGUCGGACCGAAUAUAGAGAAGUUCACUAGGCAGACAUUGGACGUAUGUAUCAUACUAGAUAUGAUUAAGGAUGGCGUGCUAAAAAAAGAUGAAGACCAUUUGAACGAUACAGUUUUAACGACUAACAUCGAAGUUAAGGCGGAACGUUUAGAUGAUGGCGUGAACGAUUGUGAACCAGAGGUGAUGAAUCUGGAUGCCGUCGCUGGUCCAUCAAUCAAUACUGCGAAUCAUCUGGUUAUAUCUGAGUCUUCAGUUUCGGAUGCAAACGAAUUCGAAGAUAACGAAGAAUCGCCUCCUGACAGUGUUCAAGGGAAAAAGAACGCUGAGGCGAUGACAGAAGACUCUUAUUUAGAUAACAAUGUGCACUUGAACCCGUUCCACAGACAUCUACAGGAAUUCUUCCAGUAA